CAAAUUAAAAUCAUUGUGGGGAGAGAAGCCAUCGACAACGGCAUAUUCCAUCAGGCGCGAGUCAACCGAACUCGUAUUUCCGAUGAAGAACGACGAAGAACCAUCGUCCUGUGAUGGCGACGGGGGACAGAUGAUGGAACUCCCGGAACCAUGUGCGAACAACAACGAAGCCAACCCGGACGGAGUCUGUGGUGCUUUGAGUUUGGACAUCGCAAUGCCGUCGCUGAAGGCGAGGAUCGAAUGCGGCGGCCUGUCGAUCGACACAGAACCGGCUACAAUACCCUGGCCAGAAUUGCAUUCUUCUGAUGCAAAUGCCGCGGCUAUGGAAGGAUCGUCGUAUCCGGAUCACUCGCCAAUCAUACCAAGAAAAUUCGUCAAGAUCGACAACACAAAAACUCCGAGGGCGGCUCUCUCGGCCGGGGGAAAGGAGAGUGGAGAAAAUGCCACAGCAAUGGACUUUGAAAUUCUUCCGGACGAAUCUGACGAAGAAGAGGAUGUAGACGUAGAAGCAAAUCCAAGCGACGAAAAUGGGAGCGGAACCAGAAACGACGACGAGAACGUUAUAGGAGUGGAAGAAGGAUUCCAGAACAUUAUGAAUCAAAUUGGGGAAUUAGCUAUGGAUGAGAAUGAUCAGUCGCCAAGCAAUAGUGGCAGUGAUAAUGAAGAGGACGUUGUUUUCCCUUUGUCACUAAGAAAAAAUGUCGACGCCGAUGACGAAGUACCGAAUCCCUUCGAGAGUUCUGCGUCGGUGGCCCAGAGCUCUGCUGCGCCGUCGUCGUCUCGGAGACGAUUUUUGUUUGCUCCGAAAUCCCCCAAGUCUCAACAAAAAAGUAUUGGCAAAUUCACCUCCUCCCUCACGAACUCCGACACGUCUGGAAAUGACGCAGCUGCCCCAUCCGAAAAGGAAAAAUCCAAGCGGGGACAAAUUCUGACAACAAUGAUUCGGAAAAUAGGGAGGAAAGACAAUCAGAAACCCGAUCCAUUGCCCGACACGACGCCCGACAUAAAUUUGACCGACAGUGCAUUGGACGAGCAGGAUUCGUCGUCCGACGAGUCUUCAUUUGACGAAGACGAGAACUGGUCGGACGAAGAAUCACAACUAUUUGACGACGAUGUUGACGAAGCGAUUGACUGCUCCAAUCUGAAAAGCUCGCUCCCGAAUAGCUUCUUGGACCUGCCGCCCGACAUUUACGACUACCUGGACUCAAAUUUGGUAGCAAUGAUUGGAAACCAGGACGUCAAUACCUUUGCUCGCGAACACCAUCUCUUCGUCAAGGGCCUGCUCCAAUUACUGGCGGAGCGCGACUUGAUUGGCGUCGAGGACGACGUUCUCGAGACGCACAACAUUACCAAAAUGGGCGUUUUGAGAAAGAAGGAUGCCAAGAUAGGAUCACGCAUCAAGUAUGUCGAGGUCCGGAAGGGAAACCUGACGUACUUUGAAGACAAAAAAGAGAGCCAAAUAGGGAGAACCAUCCAUCUGCGGAAAAGAUCGUGUACGUGCAGGGUAUCAACGAACAGGGAAGCUGGGCAAGAUUUUGUGUUUGAGUUGAUAGUCGACGGAGGCAGAAGGUUCCUUUGGACCGCACAAUCGGAAGAAGAAUGUUUGGGAUGGGUCCGGGCCAUCAACCAGGCGAUGAUUGGCGACGUCGAUGAUUCCAGAGACUUGCCAUUAGAUUUGACCCUGUACCGAAACGCUGUCGAAGACUAUCAGUCUGUCCACAAAUCAUUGAAAGAGGCACAGACACGCCAAGAAUAUCUGGUCGCCAUGAACACACUAUUUUACAGACAGACUUCGUCGUCGGCACUCAGAGUUCCUAUGAAAUGGAUUCGAGAUACAUAUUUAGAAGAAAAAUCAGAAGAAGAACCCAUGAAUGACCACGAAAGGAUAAAGUACGCUGUUCGAGACUUUUGGAAAAACCUGUGCAACAACACGAUCGUACUGAAUGGUCAUUUAGUAGAGGCCGAUGGUGUAUAUUCUGGCGAACGGGUAAUCGGUGCACUCUCCCGAUGCAUUCUUGAAUUCGAUAAAGUAGAAAAUAACACGGACUUUGACCAAAUCUUCAAUUCUCUGAAACGGUCUCGCCAAGAAAGUCAUUCCAUAACGGAGUUAGAAGCAGUGUCGUACGCCAGAAAUAUACUGAACGGAGCCCUCCAGAGCACAAGCAAAGGGGAUAUUAAAGCGGUAGUUGAAGGAUUGUUCCGAAACGAGGACGUGGCGUAUGCAGAACUUGAAAGCUCGGAACCACUCCAUGUUUAUGUCUCUUACGCCGGGGAUGAUUUCUCCGAGAGCAAACCCCGUCCAACCGAGAAUGUAGGAUGGAUCGAAACGAAAUCAAAGAAAAGCAAAAAGUGGAAGUAUCGCUAUUUUGUCAUUUCGGAAGGUGUCUUGAGCUAUUUCGAACGCGCAGAACCCCGUCCCUAUAGGCUUGGCGGCCAAAUGGUUCUCCGAGAUGCAAAAAUCACGAUUUUGGAAGGAAAUAUUCUCUCGCUUGACGUACAAAAGCAAGAACGUUUGUUGCGUUUUAUGGAUCGAGGUGACUUGAUUCGAUGGAAGUCUAUAAUUGAAGACAAGGACAGCAAAGGGGAUGUGGCGAUGGAAGCAGAUUUUGAAAACUUUGAGGAAACACGAAUCGAUGGGAACGACGAAGAAUUGUUGACCGAGACGCCAAACAGAGAAGAAGACAAUACACCGCCCUCGAAACCGAAACCAGUCGUCCCGCUUCCCGACGAAAACGCGACCGAUUCGAAGAGCCGCAGGGCCGUCAGGGGUGCGAGCGCAAAGAUCCUGAAAAAAGCCACCCUCGCGAAAAACGGAAUGAAGCGGGCAAAAGAUGCCACCGAGGCCCGCAUGAAAUCGAUUCGAACCGGAGCGGGAAGGUUCUUUGGAGGCAGAGGAAACUCGAACCCGGAGGGAAAGAUGAAACGCCGACCAACGAACGACAUGCUGGUUAGCAGCACACGAAGCCUUUACGGUGUCACCGAAAAGAGAGAACCAACGGUCCAAGCGGUUGUCGAAAUGAACAACGUAUUCAAGGUCAGGUCCAAGGCCAGCACCAGCGAUUCCAAUGGCGAAACUUUGCUGUAAGUUGCAAACGAUCGAUUCGAUUCCACGCUCUGUUUUCUUUCGUGUUCGUUUGGCAGGUUUUGCGCGCGUGACUUCCUGCAUCAGUGCAAGAGUCGAAUACGAUACGAAAGCACUCAUGCAUACCGCCUCCUGCCUCUUGUAUUUUUUUGGUGCGAUGCUCUCUCUCUCUCUCCACACAUGUAUACAAUGCGUUGUACUGUAGAAUUGUCCGUGUAAAACUCUAUCAGGCAUUCCUUCUUUCCGGGGGCCCACACGGGCGACUCGCUUGCGGCGACGAGUUGUUGCUGAUGGAAUUCUCGGUUGGCGAAGGUGCUGAGGAUAUACAAAAUUACGUCUUGUUCCAGGCCCCAACGUCCCUGUAAAAAAGUCUUCUUCCCAUCAAACGACGGAGUUU